AUGAAACUGCUAAACCCCCGCUUUUUCACCUCCUCUUGCAGAAGCCCUCGUUAUUGGUUCUCCUUAAACCCCUUUAAAUUUUCGCACCCCUCUGCUCGGGCCCCUCUUCCCGCCGGCAGUUCGCGGCUUAGUAAUCGCGUUUGCACCUUCUGCAUAUCCAGAGGUACUUCGACAGUAGCAGCGAUGUGCGCAUCUCCGCCGUCCGUUCACGUGAAGGACCGUAUUGAUCUGACGGACAAGGAGAAGCAGAUAUUCGACCGUCUUCUCCAAGUCCUGAACCACUUCAGUCUCCAGACGCAGCUUAGGGUCGCCGGCGGCUGGGUUCGCGAUAAGCUUUUGGGGAAAGAAUGUUUCGAUAUCGAUAUUGCCCUUGACAAUAUGCUGGGGAAGGAAUUUUGUGAUAAAGUGAAUGAGUAUUUGUCGUUUAAAGGUGAAGAGGCUCGAGGAGUAGGUGUAAUACAGUGCAAUCCUGAUCAGUCUAAACAUUUGGAGACAGCUAGAAUGCGCCUUUUUGACGUGUGGAUUGACUUUGUCAACUUAAGAUCCGAGGACUACAGUGAGAAUAGCCGUAUCCCUACAAUGAGGUUUGGCACUGCUGAAGAGGAUGCUUACAGAAGGGAUUUAACUAUCAAUAGCUUGUUCUACAACAUCAAUACGAGUUCAGUUGAAGAUUUCACUAACAGAGGAAUCGAAGACUUACAAGCUGGAAGGAUAGUAACUCCAUUACCUCCAAAGCAGACAUUCCUAGAUGAUCCACUCCGAGUUCUCCGAGCUAUACGUUUUGGUGCAAGGUUUGGAUUCUUGUUGGAUGAAGAACUGAAGAUAGCUGCUGCAGACAAUGAUGUCAGAGAAGCUAUUGCCGAUAAAAUCAGUAGAGAGCGUAUUGGUCAUGAGAUUGAUCUUAUGAUUUCUGGAAAUCAACCCGUGAGAGCAAUAGCCUAUGUCUCUGAGUUGCAGCUCUUUUGGGCUGUAUUUAGCCUUCCAAGUGUGACUGAACCUUCAUCUCCAGAAGGAUGUGACAGACUUUGCCUUGCUUACAUGGAUACAUCGUGGAGAUUUUUGCAAUCAGUAGGAUCUUCCUUCAAUGAUGAAGAAAGGAGGCUCUGCCUUUAUGCUGCUCUGUUCCUUCCCUUUAGAAGCAUUAAUUACAGAGAGAAAAAAGGCAAAAAGAUACCAGUAGUAAAUUACCUCUUCAAGACUUCUCUCAAGCUGAAGAACAGUGAUGCAGAAACUGUAAUCAGCUUGCAUUUUGCAGCAAAAAAAUUCAUGCGUUUGAUUCCUUCGCUCAUCUCCGAUGAAAAUUUGCAAACUCUUCAAGUCGAUAAGAAAACAUUAACUAUUGAUGUCCCUGCAGCUUUACAACUCAGAAUACUGACCGGAUUAUUGCUUCGAGAAAUCAAGGAAUUUUGGCGGGCUGCACUGGUUCUUUCUCUGCUCUUAUACCCUGAAGAUAUUGGUUUGAGUGAAAAUUUGUCAGUUGAGGACUCGGAACUGAAUGGAAGAAUAGAAUUAUAUAACAGUAUUGAGAAAUCAAUCGUGGAAAUGGGGCUGGAGAAAGUCUGGGACUUGAAACCACUGGUGAAUGGCAAAGACAUCAUGAGCGUUUUGGAGCUAAAAACUGGAGGGCCCAUCGUAAAAGAAUGGCAACAAAAACUGCUCCAGUGGCAACUCGCGCAUCCUUCUGUAUCUGCUGAUGAGUGCAUUGAUUGGAUGAGGCAAAACCACUCGAAACGCGCCAGGAUAGAGUAA